AUGGAAAUCGAUUCCGAAUUCAUAACGUUCUCCAAUGUCGUUCAGAAUUACAUCAACACACUUGCUGACACUUCAAACACCAUCAAAGAGACUUUGUCAAAGUGUCAAGAUGAAAUAAAUUCUCUCCAGCAAACGCAAAAAAAUCCAAAACCCCUUCGAACGUUGAGAGAGAGUUUUUUCACUGACACCGAUGGAAAUCGUCCAACUUUCUUUUCCAAAGAAAACACAGAUACACGUCUAAGAAAGAUUUCGUGGAACGACGCCGACAAACAGAACUUACAGGAAGUCUCGAAGACAAUGGGCACUCUUGCUUUAAAUAAGUGUCUUCUUCAAAUCGCCCAAGACCUCGGAUUCACUCAACAGACACUUCUUUUACAGAAAAUCGAGACCGAGAAACAGAGACUCCUCGUUGUUGCAAACAAACAAAUCCAAGAAGACGCCCUGGAAGCCCAAAAAGUCCUUCAAACAGACAAUCUUUUUGAUCAAGUCUUUUCCAACGUCCCUCGCAAUUAUAAAAAAACUGACAUCAUCACACAACCACCUCCCCCACCAACCGACCACCCCCCUCUCGUUUUCAAAAUUCCAAUGUCAUCAAAAGUCGAGAAAGUUGUGAAUCUCGACGACCAGCAUACUGAGAGUGAUGAUGCCGAAGUCCAACAAACUACUUUGAAUGAAGUACUUCCCGAAUCAGUAACAAUAGAAACAUCUCCAAUGAUGAAAGAAAUUAUUGCACGAUAUCGUGCUUUGUAUAACUUUGACGAAAACUUUGACACAGAGACAAUAAAGGCGUUUGAAGACAAGACACGUGAAGAGUGGGUCCUUAACAUGACUACGCUCAAUAAGUUCAAGUAUUUGUUGAGCAUCGACGAGUACAUCGGCGUGUUACAACACUUCAAAGACGCGUUGGUGCUGUUCAAAGAAAUGUUAUAUAACGAGAAAAGGCAGGUGACGCAGUUCGGCGAUGGGUACUGGCGGAUCGCAGCAAGGGAGGUCCGCCACAACCCGACUGACUGUAAAUACCAGUUCCAGUUCUUUGAUUCGCAGCGAAGAGAUCUUGAGAAGUUGAAUGGAUUAAAAGAGGGAAUCGAUGACUUUAUUGCGCGAAUCGACAGAACGAAAAAUCUCGAGAUUGACAGAGUGAGUGAGACGGAAGGAACGAAAGAACAUUUAAACGAUGAAAAGAGAGAAAGUUUUGAAAUAGUUGAAAUAGACAACUUGGCAAAAAUAGGUGGCGACGCAAAAGAAUUCUGUGAGAAAGCGGGGAUAUCGUUCGGACCGUUUAUACAGACAUUACAGAAGAAAAGGAUGGCAAGAAUAAGACAUGACGAAUUCAGUAAAGAAGAAGACAAAAAGAUACUGGAAGCUGUCGAGAAAUAUGGGCGGGGAGACUGGGUGUCUGUUAGUAUGGAAGUUGGAGGUAGAGACCCACAACAAUGUCUCCAUAGGUAUGAGAAGUCGCUUAAAAGUGUCAAGAAGGGAAGGUGGAGCAAAGACGAGAAAAUCCGCGCCGUUGUAUGUAACAGGCUCUUUCCCCAACAGUGGAGCAGGAUCACGAACUUCUUCCCUGACCGCGUCGAUACCCAGGUCAGAGACUUUUUGUGCAACUCUUCGCGGGUUGGAUUUAAAACGAGAGUUCCGUGGACAAAAGAAGAAGACGAGACGUUCAUCAAGUUUCUGUUUGACCCCGAAUUUUUGGACGCGCGUCGAAGCGUACCAAAAUGGUCCAAAAUUGAGAAGGAGAUGGUGGGAAGAACGGAUUGCCAACUGAGAAAAAGGUACCAACUUUGGGUUAAAGAAUGCAAAAAUUGUCAGAUGGAGGUCACCCAAAACAACCUCAUUAUAAUCGCCGCAAAAUCAAGAACGGAGAUGAAAAAAGGGAGAAAGAAAGGAAGUAUUAAUGUAAAGAAACUGACCACAACAAAGAGACAACAAGACGUCCAAGCUGUUCAGCCACAACUUCCUGCCAAUGGUUCGCCCAUGGAAGAAUGUUAA